AGAGAGUUUUGGACCUCAAAAACUUUGUCUGCUUAACCUUCUUCGCCUGCCCUUUCGAAGCACCACAUUCUUCACAAGUUCCCUUUGCACCCAACAGGCUUUCCAUUUAUUGUCCAUUCUCCUCUUUCCUUGUUCAUGAAUCUUUGACUUCAAUCUUCAAACUCUAAUUUUUUGGGAUACCAACCACCGUACUCUUCAUUUUCUUUAGUGGGUACCUUUUGUUCUCUUAACUACCUUCCAAUAUAUAGAAAAAUAAAGCAAGCAAAGCCCUGAUCAGGUUAUUGGUGUUUUUGAAGCUUUUAACUGUUGUUAUUUUGAGCUCAGUUCGCCAAGAAACAUGGUGGGGGCUUUGUCUGUGGUGGGUUCCUCGGUUAUAGAUUCUCAUACUGGUCCAUGUUUGUGCCUGGAUGCAUUGCCAUCCACCAACAUGAACCUGAAAAGUGGGCGGGAAUUGGUUUUACAAAGGAAUUCAAUGAAAAGAAAGCAUGUGGCAAGGCCAGGGUCAUUGGAGUUAGGCAGCUCUUUUGUCGAUUCAUGGCAGGACUGGAGGUUGUCAGGGAAACUGAUUCCAGGUAUUGUGAAUAGCUGUUCAAGGAAGCAGCGUAAGGACCGGAGACUUGUGGUCGUUAGCGAGGUAGCAGGGCAGUAUGAAGACAGUUUUGAGGAUGUUAAAACGCAAUUACUCAAUUAUUUCACAUACAAAGCAGUGAGGACUGUUCUUCAUCAGCUCUAUGAGAUGAAUCCACCUCAAUAUACAUGGUUCUAUCAGUUUGUUGCAACAAAUAAGCCCAGUGAUGGCAAGCGUUUCAUCCGCAUACUUGGGAAGGAGAGGCAAGAACUUGCAGAAAGAGUGAUGAUAACGAGGCUUCAUUUGUAUGGAAAAUGGGUUAAGAAAUGUGACCAUGCUCAAAUAUACAAAGAGAUUUCGGAUGAGAACUUGGAAUUGAUGCGCGAGCGGCUCAUGGAGACUGUGGUUUGGCCCUCAGAUGAUACAAACACAGAGAAGAUUGGCUGAGGGCAUAUCCCAAAUUACAUUCUGAUUUUCUCUUGCGUUGUUAGUGGCCAUAGGUAUCCUUUCUGUAUAAUCAACGAGUUUGGGUCCCAAAGAAUUAAUGUUGUUACUUAUAUUUUUUAUUCACCCAGCUCAUUAGCAUGAUUGAACACUGUAUAUUAUAGAUUGUACAUAAAAGGUAAAGUACCCAUCAUUUCAGAUGGAACUCCAGCUGGGUUUGCCUAUUCAACUGCAAUGGGCUAAAGCUAAAGGUCAGUGUAAUAAUUACAAUGUCAAAAACAGAAAGACGUCUUGCUAA